AUGGCUGACACAAGUACGAAACAACGAGAAACGAGGGCACAGUUUGUUGACGAGCCAGAAACUAGAAUUGGUGGGGACACAACAAAGGUAAUUCGUAGUGCCAUGAAAAAAAGACAAGAGUCAAGUCGCGGUAAUAAUAAUGAUGAUGAUGCAACCGCAAUUGUAUCUUCACCUCUGUUGACCUCUACGCCACCAACGAUUUCUAAGGCGCUUGUUAAAUUAUAUCCUCAUUUGAUAGUAGCAGAUAGGUUUCUGACGCUAGUGACGUGGUCGGGUGAAGAUAUUUGGCCUAGUAUUCUUAUGGUUAUACUGUAUGUGACACUUCUGUUAUAUUUUGAAAAAAUAACAACCUAUUUUGGUCAUUUAGCUAUUGUAGCUGUUAUAUGGGGUUACUCUUUAUUGGACAAGCAUGUUGAAGAAACCCUAAACUCACGGCCAACAUUAGAUGAUAUUGUUCAUACCAUGAAAGGUGUUAUUACGAAAGCGGAUAUGCUUCUGUCACCGAUAACAGUUUUAAGUGCGCAAGAUAUAAGAAAGUUUCUCUUCACAACAGCAUUUUUAUCGCCUGUUUAUAUCAUAAUAACUUUAUUCAUUUUACCUCCAAGAAAGUUUCUGUUAUUUGGUGGAGUUUAUCUUUUAACAUAUAAUUCACCAUGGUCAAUGGUGACAAGGACCCUGUUGUGGAGAUUUAAAUUUGUAAGAUUAUUAAUUUUCUAUGUCACCGGGCUUGAUUCAGGUGGUAUUAAUAAAAAUCAAGGUAUAUUUGCAGCUGUUCAAAAACAAGUAAAAAAACUAUCAACUGGAAGUGACGGAGCAACGGUUGAAGAUGGUAAGCCAAUUAGAUUUACUUAUGUGCUCUAUGAGAAUCAACGCCGGUGGUUGGGUAUUGGCUGGACUUCAAGCAUGCUAAGUUAUGAAAGAGCAUCAUGGACAGAUGAAUUUUUGAAUGAGGCACCUUCACCAGAUAAUUUCAAAUUGCCGGAAGAGAGUUCCGGUAUGCUUUGGAAAUGGGUGGAUAAAACUUGGAGAUUAGACAUGACAAAUGAUGGAGCAAUCCAGCUAUCCAGUGCGAGACCAAAGACAACUGCAUCACCAAAUGCUGAUGAUGGAUUCAUUUAUUAUGAUAAUACGUGGAAAAAACCAACAACCGAAGACUCGUUUUCGAAAUACACGAGACGCAGAAGAUGGAUCAGAACCGCUGAAUUAAUGAAAACAUCUUCAUUUGGGUUAGACGAAAUUGAUACAACCCACAACGUGGUGGAUAAUUCUUCAGGGAGCAAUCACAAGAGGGUGGUAUCACAAAACAGCGUCGCUUCAACAGUACCUAAAUCAGAGACGGAUUCCGAUCCGGAUUCGGCAACUGCAACAGGAAGUCGCAGAAGAGUGUCAUUCAGCGAAGUUGACAACGUUCACAUCAUACCUUCCGAUGAUGAUGCAGAUACAGACACAGAUCAGAAAGACCUGAAGAGACAUAACCAACAAGAAGACUACAGCACCGAAAACCCUCUAGACGUGGUGAGACCCCCCCAGGAUUCAAAAGGUUGA